UGCUCUUCUUUCCUUUCCUUUCCUUUCCUUUUCACACAAAAACCCGACAUGGCCCCUACUGCAACGAUGCCUGAUGGAGUGGGUGUUGCCCACCUUCCCAACCAACGUCACAAGAUCGUUUCGAAGCGUGGAGCUAAAUUCACGUUGAUGGUCUGCGGCGAAAGUGGAACUGGCAAAUCGACCUUUGUCAACACCUUGUUCACGACUUCCAUCAAAGACCCCAAACAACUCGCCAAACGCCACGCAAAGCAGGUAGACAAGACUGUCGAAAUCGAAAUCACCAAAGCAGAGCUCGAAGAAAAGAACUUUAAAGUCAAGCUUACAAUCAUCGACACACCUGGCUUUGGCGACUAUGUCAACAACCGUGACAGCUGGAUGCCUAUUGUAGAGUUCUUGGAUGACCAGCACGAGAGCUACAUGGCUCAGGAACAACAGCCCACGCGCGCUGGCAUCAUUGAUCUUCGUGUGCAUGCCUGUCUCUACUUUAUCCGUCCCAACGGCCAUACGCUCAAGCCGUUGGAUAUCGAGAUCAUGCGACGUCUCGGAACGCGUGUCAAUUUGAUACCUGUUAUUGCCAAGGCCGACACCUUGACCCCGAACGACAUGGCCAAGUUCAAGCGCAAUAUUUUGGACGUCAUCGAGGCACAAAACAUCCGCGUGUACUCUUGCCCCAUCGAGAGCGAAGACGAAUCGAUCACAACAAACAACAAAGACAUCAUGAGCGCACUUCCCUUCUCUGUCAUCGGGUCGACGGAAGAUGUUGUAACUGCCGACAACCGCAAGGUCAAGGGUCGUCAGUACUCCUGGGGCUGUGCCGAAGUCGAGAAUGAGAACCACUGCGACUUUAAGAAGCUUCGCACGUUGUUGGUCCGCUCACAUAUGCACGAUUUGAUUUCGACAACUGAGGAAAUCCAUUACGAAAACUAUCGCCAAAUCCAGAUGGAGACUCGCAAGUUUGGUGAAGCAAAGUCGAAGAAGUACGAGAAUCCCAAGCACAAGGAACAGGAGGAGAAGCUUCGUCUGGCUUUCACUGAGCAAGUCAAGAAGGAAGAGAACAGAUUCCGUCAAUGGGAAGCUCAGCUUGUGACCGAGCGCGACCGUCUCAACAAAGAUCUUGAGGAGCAGCACGCCAAGAUCAAGGCUAUGGAAACCGAGCUGGAGAAUGUGUACCAGAUGCAGGGCCGUAGCAUGCGUCGAUAGAUUAUACCCUACCACUUCCCUGUGCUUUUGCUGUAACUGAGUUAUAUCUUUCGUAUUAUUUCCUACCCCCCACCCACCACCCCUUUCCCCUUCUUCUGUCCCGACUUUUCUUUUCACCCUUGUUUGAUCUUGCUCUUAUAAUAAAUGAGUCGAUCACUCCUGUCUCGAUGCAACCUUCGGUCU